AUGGGGAUUUUGUCUGAGGAGGCAAAAGGCCUCCACAUAGGGGAUCUCCUUCCACUUUUCGAGGCGCUGGCAGUAGUUAAAAAGGUCACAAAGGAGGGCCAUGUGUACUUUAAGGACUUGGCCUUAUAUUUCUUUCAGGAGGAGUGGGAGCUCCUUGAUGAGUCUCUGAGACACCUAUACCAUGAAGUGAUGUUGGAGAACUUUGCAUUUUUGUCAUCAGUAGGUUGUUGGCAUGGAGCUGAGGAUGAUGGGGUACCUUCUGAGCAAGGUGUCUCUGUAGGAGUGUCACAGGUCCUAACUCCAACACCAGGUUCAUCCACCCAGAAGACCCAGUCCUGUGAGACAUGUAGCUCACUCUUGAAAGGCAUUCUGUGCUUGGUUGAGAGGGAUGGAACGCACCUUGAACAUGGGCUCUACAGAUAUCCAGUGAAGCUUCACCAGCAUCAAAAGCAACAGUUUCAAGAGAAACUUUCAAGAGGGGUUGAGGGGAGGCCUUCAUUUGUGAAGAACCACAGUGGUCACAUGGCAGAGAGGACCUUCUGCAGUGAAUCUGGGAAAGCCUUUAGCCACAAACAUUUGUUUGUUGACCAUGAGAAAAUCCACCCUGGAGAAAGGACUUAUGAAUGUAGCCAUUGUGGGAAAUUCUUCAGGUGUAAAUCCAAACUCAUUAGACAUCACAGAGUUCACAUGGGAGAACAGCCUUAUAAGUGCAGUGAGUGUGGGAAUGCCUUUUGUACAAAGUUCAACCUCAUUUGUCACCAGAAAGUCCACACUGGAGAAAGGCCUUAUGAGUGCAGUGAAUGUGGAAAAGCCUUUUGUAGAAAGUUUAACCUCAUUUGUCACCAGAAAAUCCACACUGGUGAUAGGUCCUAUGAGUGCAGCAAAUGUAAGGAAAUUGUUUACAUGUAAAUACACAUUAAACAUCAGAGAGGUCACACUGCCUUAUGAGUGCAGCAAAUGUUGGAAAUUAUUUAAGGAUAAUUUUUCACUCAUUAGACAUCAGAACGUUCACCCUGGUGAAAGGCAUUAGGAGUGAAGCAUAUGUGGGAAAGCCUUCAGCCUCAAAUAUAACCUUUUACAACACCAGAACAUUUACACUUUAGAAGGAAGGACCUUAGGAGUGCAGCGAAUGUGAGUAAUUAUUUAGGCACAUCUCCACACUCACUAUACAUAAUAGGAGAAACACAGAAAAAUGCCUUAUGUGUUCAGCAAACAUGGGAAAUUAUUUUGAUACAAUUUUGGCCUUAUUAAACAUUGGAGAGUUGAAACUGAAGAAAUCCCUUUUCAGUGCAGUAAAUGUGCUAGAGCUGUUAGAUGGAAAAUUAUACUUAAUGGGAACCAGAAUAUCUACACUAGAGAAAGUCUUAUGAAUGCAGUAAAUGUGGGGAAGAAUUAUGUGUACAACGCCACACUCACUAGUCCAUGGAGUUCACACUGGAGAAAGGCCUUUUGAGAGCAGUAAAUUGAGAGUCUUUUGCCAAAAUUCCCACCUCAUUUAGCAUCAUAAGUUUCAAAGUAUUUAUUAGUGUAGCAAAUGGAGAAAGAUGUCAGCUAGAAUGUUUCUUUGAUUUAGUC